AUGUUUAGUCCUCUUAUAUUAAAUAAAGAAUAGUAAAUGUUUAAUUUGUAAUAAUAUAAAUAACUCAUGUCAAAACGGCCUCCUGUCCCAAAAUUCGAUGAACGAAGUUAAACGCCACCAAAAAAAAAUUCUUUACUUGAUGAAAUUAGUCAUUUGAUUGUAAAAAUGAACCUUAAUGGCGAUGUCGAAAAACAAUGUGUUUUAAUACUUAAUAUAAUCCACUUACCUAAUACAUAAUUUCAUGCUUAAGCAAUCAUUUGUUGUGCCAUACAAUAACUUAAUCUCAAAUACUAAAUGUUUUCUUAGAAAAUUUAACUCUUAGCUUAACAUAUCAUAAAUCGACUAAACAACAUGUUGACUUAUUUUUGUGAAAAGCUUCAUAUGGAUAAAAACUCAAAAAGACUAUGUCAAAUUAUGCUUAAAAUAAUACAUCCCUAUGUAAACAAACUGUCAAAAUCUAUACAGCAUGCAUUAGCAGUAAAAAUUGCAUGUGACAUAAUCUAUUAUCAUAAAGGAGGAAUAAGUCUAAGAUAGUUAGCUUAAUGUUCUUAAAUAAAAUUAGAACAAUUAUAAUCUUGUCUAAAUAGGAUUAAACCAUUUGCUCAUAUCAUUAUUUAGAAUUAUAUUAAUUACUGCAAACAGAAAUAAGAAUCCCAAUGA